AUGACAGAUAAAUCGGUCGACUCAUUGGUGCUUGACGCCACGCCGCUCAUCACACAAUCAGCUUCGGCGUUGCAGCAAUUUGCCUCGAACUUUUUCACAACUCCAGGUGUGAGAGCUGAACUCAAAGAUGAACACUCUAGAAAUCAGCUUCUUCUAUGGGGCGAUCGUCUCGUUGUUUGUCAGCCAAAGCAACUGUCUGUGGAUAGAGUGAGUAGCUUUGCCAAGUUGACUGGUGACUUUUCUGUUUUGUCCAUGAACGAUAUCCACAUCAUCGCAUUAGCAUAUGAGCUUGAAGUUGAGAAGGCAGGCAAAGAUGAGUUGAGGAGGUAUCCCGGGGAGAAAUUGACUGGUCAGGAAGAGCCAGAGAUACCAAAGAGAGACUAUGCUCCAAAAGAAAGGCUCGAAGAAGUGGAAGAUGAUGACAAGCCGCAGGAAGACGAUGAUGGGUUCCAGAUAGUGAGCAAGAAGAAAAGUCGGAAGCCAAGAAAAAAGUGGUCUCCAAAAGAGCCUGAGAAGACAAAGGUCGAGGAAGAAGUGAAAGCAACCGAGAACACCGCGGAGACUGUGCCCCAGGAGAGGGAUCCUGCUCAAGAUAGUGAGAAUCCAAAUGAAGAGCUCGCAGAGGAAUACGACGAAGAUGACGACGAUGGAGACUGGAUCACUCCAGAUAACCUCAAAGACGAGAUCCUCAAGGAUAACAACGAGACGGUUCAAGACAAUAAAGAGGUGGUCACUAUCCCCGUGGCCCUCUCUACAGGAGAUUUUGCAUGUCAGAACACUAGUUUGCAGCUAGGACUCAAACUAAUGAACCCACACUCGGGUAAGCAGAUCAAGAGAGUAAGAAAUUACAUGUACAGGUGUCAUGCGUGCUUCACAAUGACGCCAAUGUCCAAGACGGGACAGCCUAAACACUUUUGCCCCAAGUGCGGAGGAAACACGUUGCUCAGAUGCGCUGUUUCCGUCGAUAACGAGACAGGUAAAGUAACUCCACAUUUGAAGAGGAAUUUUCAGUGGAUUGUCCGGGGUCAGGUGUACUCGAUGCCAUCACCGCUAAGUAAAAACCAACAGAAGAAUCAAGGCAACAGGGGAUACCAGCACAAUAAAGACCUUCGAAACAGGUCUCUGGAACCCCUCAUUCUUCGAGAAGAUCAGAAAGAGUACGCAAAAGCGUUGAAGGACGAUGCCUGGCUGAGGAAGAAGAGCGAGAAGAUGCUACAAGAAUGGAUUGGUGGUGGCAGUGCAGAUAACUUCAUCUCGCCGUUCGGUACUUCUUACAAGUCGUCAGGAGUGAGAGUCGGACGUGGGAGAAAUGCCAAUGCCAAUAAGAGUAGAAGGAAGUAG